AUGAUCAGUGAUUAUGGAGGCUCUGUCAUUUGCCCCUACUGCCGUACCUCUACUUCCAUUCUGUCAGGGCAAACAAACCAGGAUCAAAGAGGCAGCCAGCAACCAGUGUUACAAAACCUAAAGACUUCCUUGUCUCAGAAGAGGGCCCUAGACACACAAGAUCACCACUGCAGUUCUGAGGAUGAAUCUCCACAAUGUGUUCAUGGGGGAAAGCAAGCAAAGAUUUACAAGGCAGCAAGACGUGUGCUUUUACCCCUGGCAUCCAGUCCCAGUUCUGAUGACGCCACAUACAUAGGGAGUCCACAACGGCAUGACAUUGACCAUGCCUCAGAUGAAGACUUAUCCUCAGCCCAGAGAACGGUACUUCAUUCUCCCUUGAAGAAGCUGACGGGUGAUAAGACUGAUCAUGGCAUGGCACCUAAAAUGAAUGAAAUCAUGUCAGCCCUUCAUGACCUGCCAGAAAUGAUUAAAUUAAUGAGGGAGUGUGUGGAGUGUGUCCGGGCAUUGAUGUCCUCGUUCGGGGGGACCCCUUCAUCUGCAAUGUCAUCUUCUUCUGUGGACAGUGCAAUUGAAAUGCACCCCUUGGCAGGCAGCACAGUGACAGUUUCAAAGAGGGCCUUCCUGCGGCUGAAUAGAUCUCGCAUGACCAUUUUUGCCCAGGAGCUGGCUGUCCUGGUAUUCACAAAGGAGGGCCUUGCACAGUCCACCCUAACUGGAAAGUCUGGGAGGGGGGGGCCGCCAAAAACACAGCUUGAUGUCGCCAAAGUGCAGGCUAUUACAGACGCUGUUCUUCUGGAGUUUCCACAGACAAGUGUCUCUGAUGUGCGCACGGCCAUCAGACGAAAGUGUAACAAUGAGCAGUUCAGCCAAAAAAAAGGAACAUAAUGUGUGGUGUGCGUGUUUCUGUAUGGUGCGAGGGGUUAAGGGUGCAAUAAUAAGGAAUGUUGUU